CCCAUAAGGCCAUAACACAACUUAAGUCGGCGACGCAACUCCAGGGGCAGAGGGGCAAAUCCGGAAAAUGGCCGGCGACUUCGCUCCGCGAUGAGGCGCUCGGAGCAGAGCGACGAAGGCCGAGCGCACUUGGUCGGCGGCGGGGAGGAGAGCGGAAAAGACGAUUCUACCCUUCCGCCGAUCCUCCGAGCCCCGGCUCACCUCAUCGCCCGUGUCUUCUCCCAGCUCGACUGCGUCGACCUCCUAACCUGCUCUCUCGUUUGCAAGCAGUGGUAUAGGGAUUCGGCUGAGAUAAGAGAGGGGUGGAAGAAUGAAUAUUUGGAGGCCUGGACUCUAUACGGACUGUUCAUCAAAAGAGAAACGCAUCCGCCAUCGUCUACUUGCUCGAUAAGAGUUUUUAAUGGACAAGAAUGUAAGGAGAAGGCAAAGAAUAAAGAAGUGAAUUGUGGAGGAAGGAAGAUCAAAGCAUCCUUGUGACCGUAACAGCCUUUUGUCUUUGCCUUCAUGGUUGAACCAUAGUUGUGGCUUUUCCUUCUUUCUGAGUGCCCAAUAAUAUAUUACAAUGUGCAGGGUUCCUUCAAGUUUCCGAGGUGAUGGACAUCUAAUUUUGAAUUUAGUUCCUUUAUAGGCGCGUAAUAUUUUGUUUGGUGUGGAUUACCAAGUGUGGCAUGUAAGAAAAGUCUCUAUUAACUAUAUAUAGCACAUGCUGUUUAUUAGUACGUUAAGCUUGUUCAA